UAAUAAUCGAUAAUUUUUUGCAAACCGAAAAUAGGCAUUUUAUCGCUGCGACGCUUUUUAUAAAAUUUUGUAAAAAUUAAUAAAUUAAAGAAAAAAAGAAUGGUGCGUGGCGGUAUGAGAGGCGGUCGCCCAAUGCGUGGUCCAAUUAGGCCACCUUUCAAGAAAACAUUUGUUCCAAGACAUCCGUUUGAUUUGACUCUGGCCGAAGUAGUAUUUCCAAAGGUGUCUCCGUCGGUGGAUGAUGCCGCUUUAACUGCGUCGUUGUUGAAGCGUAAUCAGGAUUUAAGCCCAACGCCUGCCGAACAGACAGCUGUAGGUAAUUUGGUGUCAAAAGUGCAAUCUGUACUCGAUAAUUUAAUUGUGGCUCCAGGGGAUUUCAAUAAAUGCCAAUUGGAGGAGGUGCGUCAGGUUGGAUCUUUUAAAAAAGGUACCAUGUUGACUGGUAACAAUGUGGCUGAUAUAGUUGUAAUUUUGAAAUCGGUUCCCUCAAAGGAUUCUUGUGAGGAACUAGGCAAAAAAGUCGAGUCUGACCUAAAAAAUGCUAUGAAAACUGAGGUACUCACUAAAGCUGACCACAUCAAUACUACUUUCCACGAUCGUGGUUUCGACAUAUUCAAUAUACAAGCUAAAGUUCGCAUACUUAUCACAACGAUACCUCAAAAUAUGAGGAAAAGUGAACCGAACAUGUUCCCUGAGGCAAAAGUAAUGCAAGCACACUUGGCAGCUAUAAGGCAUACGCGUUGGUUUGAAGAAAACGCCCAUCAUUCGUCUAUUAAAGUUCUAAUACGUAUUCUCAAAGAUCUUUCUAAACGUUUUGAAGCUUUCUCUCCUCUGUCACCUUGGAUGUUGGACUUGAUGGCUCAUUUGACUAUAAUGAAUAAUCCAUCAAGACAAGCUCUUCCCAUAAAUCUCGCAUUCAGGCGCGUGUUCCAAUUGCUAUCAGCUGGUCUAUUUCUACCAGGCUCUGCUGGAAUUACGGAUCCGUGUGAGCCCGGACACAAUCGUGUCCACACAGCCAUGACACUGGAAGAACAAGAUUCAUGCUGCAUGACUGCACAAACUUUAUUGCGUAUUUUAGCUCACGGAGGAUACAAACAAAUUUUGGGCAUGGAAGGCAAUUCAAAUAUUGUUAAAGACAUGUCUGUGUGGAACGGAGUUGUGGUAUCGCCUUUGGAAAGGGUCUAUGAAAAACCAACGGACAAAAAGGAAGGCGAAGGUGAUGAAGAUAUGGAAACUGUAGAAAACGAUAAUGUCAUGGAUGAAGAUUCCGGCGACCAAUAACGCAAUACAGAUUUUUAUUACAAAAAUUAAAUAUUUAUUGAUUAAGUGCACCCCCCGUAAAUAACCCACUAUUUAUUUUCCAUUUAAAAGGCAUUUGAAAUUAUCCAAAUAUUGCAUACAUACGACUAUAUGAAAUCAUCUUUAAUUUGAAAAUAUGUAUGAAUUUUGACUGCAAUAAAUCAAUAAAAUUUGUAUUAAA